AUGUUUGAAACAGGGAAAAAGGAAGCACCAACAAAAGUACAAACCCGUACACCCUUGAAAGCCCUUUUUACAGAUAACACACAGAUGAAGCAAGGUCGCAGAGAAACACUGAUUCCUAUUAAUUCUUUGGCAAAAAGGCAUGACACAGAAGAACAAAACAGUGAUAAUGAGCCAAUGGAAGUUACCUAUUCCUUGAUUGUGUCAGAAGAAAAUAUUGAACCAAUGGAGGCUACCAAUUCCUUUAUUGUGUCCCAGGAAGAUGAAGCUAUUACAAAUCCUGUACCGAAGAAGAACCAAAAAAGGAAAUACCGAAUCAAAGCACCAAUUUACUGUUCAUGCAAGAAAGAAAUAAAGGGGAAGUGUUUACCUUGUCAGAAUAGGGAUCUCAAGAUGCUUGUCAAGGAAAAAGAAAAACAACUAAAAAUUGUUAGAAGUUAUCAAAAUAAAGCAAAAAUUGACUUAGAAAAGCUGAGAUCAAGACUUAAGGAAAAGGACAAAAAGUUAAAUACAACAAGGAAACAGUUGGCAAAAAUGCGUCACUAUGCACUGAAUGUGGCAGUGACCCUUUCAAAGCUGAAGGAGGAUGUAGUAAAUCUUACCGCAAAUCAACUUGACGAAAAAGUGAAGCAUCUAACUCAUGGAUAUGCAGGUGCAACUGCUCUUUUCACUUAUUAUCAACGUCUACACAAUUUGGAGAAGAAAAAUCACUAUCGAAGAGCACAUAAACUAACGGAUUCUCACAUCAACCCUACUAAUUUUGAAAAAAUGAACGUUGCGAAAGCAGCUCAGCUAAUGUCGGAUACAGUCGCUCAGGCUAUUCAACGAUACCGAGUUCAAAGAAAAUUUGCUUACCUUUUCAAAGGUUCAGAAACCACCGAAAAAUUUACAAAAUUGAUAAACGAUGUGUUUGAUGUUCUGAACGGACGUUUUGUAGCACAAGGGAUAAAUAUUUCUAAUUGGUGUAAAAAGAAGAAUGUUUUGGACACAUUUCUGAAAAUUUUGGAUGUUACUGAAGAAUGCAACCGCUCCAGAAAACAGCAUGAUGCAAAUAUUCCUCUCAACAUGUUUGUGUCAGAAACAACAUUGCAGGCAUGGAGAAUAACCGUUUUGAGUGUCAUUGCCUUGGCAGAAGAACAAUUCAAUGCUGAUUACAUUACUGUUUUAACUGGGAAGUUCAACCAAGACCCAUUUGAGGCGACUGUUGAAAAAGGAAAUGUAGAUAACGACGAAGACAUGACAGUAUUGGUUUCUUAUGAACAAUGCCUUUUAAACAAGUUUAAAACUUGCGAGAAAGAAUCUACUCAAAUUCGUGAAUCGUUCAAGGAUCAGUUGUUGGAUGAGUUGUCGGUGCGGUACGUGAAUGUAUACUGUGAUAAAUGCAAAAAAGGUCUCAUCUCUAAAUAUGAGGAUUUACCCACAAAUUUUCUGUCCGCUGAAUAUACCGCUGAAAGAAAUCACGGAGGUCUCACAUUCGCAACCGUUAAUUUAUUUAAAAUAAUUCAGAAGGUUGAAAAUGUCAUGACAAAAUUUUUUGAUAAUGAUUCACAUAUUUAUUACAAUAGUACCUUUAAUAUCAUCCGUAAUGUCAAUUGCUAUACUGACCCGCGCUAA